AUGGUGAUCAUCGACGACGACCGCCUUAACCACUUCUUACGGGUUAUAGCAGUACUUGGACAACUGCCUCGUCAAGAAGGACUCUCACCGCCGUUCAUGUCUCUUUAUGCUCUUCCUGCCACCACACUCAUCUGCUUAGCGACUGAAUCCACUAUUUUCGUCUCUUGUCGCUACCACUGUCGAAGCAACUACGGUAGUCGAUUUUCAGUGCACUCCCGACCACGCCUAGUUCUCGUUGGCAACCGAUGGGACCACGUGUAA